AUGUCCGGGCUGAUCUACGGCACCAUAAUGGUACUCCUCGUCACGGCACGAUCAAUUUUCAAGACACAAGCGACGAAUUCGUACCCGAUCGUGCUUGUCAACGGAUUUUCCGGCUGGGGUCGUGCUGAACUAUCGGGUUUUCGAUAUUGGGGUGGCAUUCAAGGAGAUUUCCAGAAUGAGCUCACGGCUCGAGGGUACACGGUCUAUACAGCUGCAGUCGGUCCCUUUUCAAGUAACUGGGAUCGCGCUUGCGAGCUGUACGCUCUUAUCAAAGGUGGACAGGUUGACUAUGGCCAGAAUCACUCGGCGACUCACAACCAUCUUCGCUUUGGACGCAAUUAUACGGGACUUUACACAAGGUGGGGCACGGUCAACGCGGACGGUUCGAUCAACAAGGUCCACAUCAUGGGGCACAGUAUGGGUGGCCAGACUGCACGAAUGCUGACUCAGAUGCUCGAGCAUGGCACUGGUGGUGCACCGAUCGAGGAAGAUCCGUCGUCGCACCCUUUGUUUAGUGGUGGGAAGAGCUGGGUGCACUCGAUCACAACAAUCUCGACGCCAAACCAGGGCACGACCCUGGCCGAUGGUUUCUCCGUUAUUGGUGACUCAGUCAAAGACCUGCUUGCAGGUGUGCUUAGUGUUGUCGGAAUUUUUGGCACGAAGACCGAGAUGUUCUAUGACGCCAAGUUGGAUCAGUGGGGAAUCGCAAGCAAACAACCAGGCGAGAUGCUGAAGGCGUAUCUCAAUCGCGUCUAUUCCAGCAGUAUAUUCGAUCCAAGCUUUCGAGACUUUUCGCUCUGGAGUUUGUCCACUGGCGGCGCCAAGGAGGAAGCAACAUGGGUAAAGACAUUGAGUGACGUGUACUAUUACAGCUACACCACUGUUGCCACGUUUGACACGCGCGACUAUCGCUUCCGCAAGAUUUCGCUGCCCCAGGUGCUGAAUGUACUGCUGGUUCUCAAACCACUGGCAACAUUCCUAGGCGGGCGAUAUGCACCCGACGUCCUGAAACUCCCAACCAAGUGGCAACCCAAUGACGGCGUUGUGAACUCGAUUUCCAUGGCUUCCGACGGUAUCGGGGGUGUCGCUGCGUUCACAGGUUCAUCUCAAUUGGGUAAGUGGAAUCUGUUACCGCAGCUGAAUCGACUUGACCAUCUCGGUGUGGUCGGCAUCACGCUACACACACAGGUGCUGAAACUGUACGAGGGCCACGCUGCGCUAUUGGCAUCUUUGCCUACCACCUCUGGUGCCCGUCGACUACAAAGCGACUCGAUCGAAGCCCGUGUGAAACUCGACACGGCCAUUGAAGAGUUGUCAGCAGCAACAGCACGCAUGGGGACAAAGACUGGCUUAGAAGCUCUGUGCCAGGAUCCUAAGAACGCAUACGUCCAAAACUAUUGCACUAAGAUGCUUGCGUCUGUAGCCACGCGCCAUUUACGCGGAUAG